UUUUAUGCACACUAUUCAAAUGUAUUUGGUUAUGAACCAUUAUUCAGAGUUUGUUUUAUUUUCGAUGUUUUCUUUUAUAUCAAUGUGUGUUUACAUUUAUAUUCUUAUUUUCAAAUCUCCAUCAUUUACGCUGUAUAAUUACAACUUUUUACUUCAACAGAUUGAUUUUGGUUUUUUAGAGAUUGACACUCCUAAUUAUCAUAUUUUGUACAAUUUAGUGACGAAAAACAAUACGGGGAAGAUGGGUAAAGAAAAAUAUAAAAAAAUUGUUGAUGAAGUCAUCGAUUUUGAGAACAAGAUAAAAAAUUUUAGAGAAAUGAUUGAACCUAUUGGAAAAAAGUACAACUUGACAAAUUUUGAGAAGGAUACCGGGUUAAAUUGGAAAAGUUUUUUUCAAAUAACAUAUAAUGCUGGAAAAUCCCUAAAGAAUGUGAAAAAUUCUAUUCAAUUUCGUGGUGAUGAAUUAAUUUCUGUUGAACCCGGUGAUCCACUUGUUAAUUCUUUCAAAGUCAUUCAAAACAUUCCCAAACAUAUUGUUUUUAAUUAUUUUUGGUUAAAAGCAAUAACAUAUUUGUUAACUGAAGAUCAUACUAAAAAUCGAGAAAUUUGCCUCGAUUUUUUCUAUUUUGAUCAAUUUCCAUUGAACUUUGCAAUUGCACGCUUAUAUGUUGAUUAUUCUUUGAAACCUGGCUCGAAAUUGAAAGCUAUUCAUAUGGUCAACCAGUUGAAACAAUCGGCUAUUGAAUCGAUGAAACAGAAUACAUUAUUUGAUAAUGAGACACGUGAAAGAGUUAUUGGAAAACUUCGUGACAUCAUUGAUAUUAUCGGUUUGCCGGAGUUGUUUAUUGUUGAAGAGCAUCUUGAUGAAUUUUAUGGGCUUCAUGGUUCGAUUAAUCAUUUUAUUGCUGAUAAUUUUUGCGAAUCAUAUGCUAAACUGUUAAGCUACUAUAAAUAUCUAAUGUUUCGAUUGAUGAAAAAUGAUGAUUUCAGUUUUCGAGAAUUUACUAAUUUUUCACCAUUAAUGUUUAAUGCUAUGUAUAACAAAUUUGUAAAAAGCAUCGAAAUUAAACCAACAUUACUUAGGUUGCCAAUUUUUGAUGCAGAACUGCCGUUUUAUGUGAAUUACGCAAAAAUGGGUUAUAUAAUUGGUCAUGAAAUUACGCAUUAUAGUACACAAUGUUUUAUUGAACAAUAUAGAAAUUACACUGAACAUUCAUAUGGUCUCUUGCAAGAUAAUUCUACAGUAGGUGAAGAUGUUGCUGAUAAUGGCGGUUUACGUCUUGCAUAUAUGGCAUAUCAAGAUGAAUUGAAACGUAUUCAAAAUGGUGGAAAACAACCACAAUUAUUGCCACGAUUAGUUGACAAAAAAAUGACAAUUGAACAAAUAUUUUUCUUAUCAUUAGCCCAGAUUCAUUGCAGGCAUAUCACUCAAGCUGAAUUAAAUGAUUGGUUCAUCGAUGAUCCACAUUCACCACCCGAAUCUCGUGUCAAUGUAUGUUUGCAAAACUUUGAUAAAUUUGCAGAAAGUUUCAAUUGUUCGAUUGGAUCGCCAAUGAAUCCAGAAAAACGUUGUUUUUUAUGGUGAUAAUCACAAUUCUUCCAUUAUAUCGUUUUAUUGGAUUUAACAAAUCUGGUCAAGGAAAGAUCAAAGAAAAAGAACUGUUGGUGACAGUAAAAUAUCCGCUUGUUUAUAACAAUGUCGAUUAA